GUAGUUAUCAGUCGGCUUUUGUCUUUGCUUGGAUAAAGAAAGUGCACGGAGGAUCGACAACAAGUUGGUUUGGAGGUUUCAUUUUUCAUGGUUUGGCAAGUCGAGAGGAAGACAGAAAAAAACAGAGCAGAAGAAAGGGGGAAAAUAGAGAGAGGAAAAACGCACAGAUUUUUGUCUCAUCUGGAUCCACUCUGCUCUGGAUGUGCGCAGCAACUCUGACAGAAACCAGAGGGCUGGAGGAAAAAGGCGACUGGAUUUGCUUUCUUUUCAUGGAUAACUGCAACUGGUAGAAGACUGUCUUGGUUGCGGUUUAUGUUUUUGAGACACGAAAGUAAUGCAGCGCGCGGAACCGCAUCCAGACGCGUAACUUUGCGCACCGUUCCAUUUUGUUUUCUUUUGUUUUUUCGAGAGCCUGGCACAAUGACAGGAGCCUUUGUGUCAACACUCCUUCAAGUUGUGGUGCUGCUGUGUCUGUCGCCAGCCCAAGCCACGGGUAAGACGUUAAAAUAUCAGAUUUACGAGGAGCAGAAGGUUGGCACAGUGGUCGCCCGCUUGAGAGACGAUGUCGCAGAUGUUCUGGCCAAACUUCCCAGCUCGGUGUCGCUUCGAUUCAGGGCGAUGCAACGAGGUGGAUCCUCGUUCCUCGCGGUGCGAGAACAGGACGGGGAGAUCAGCAUCAAGACCAAAAUCGACCGCGAGAAACUCUGUGAGAAGAAUCUCAACUGCUCCAUCCAGUUCGACGUGCUGACUCUGCCCACUGAGCACCUCCAGCUGUUCCACGUCGAAGUGGAAGUGCUGGACAUCAACGACAACGCGCCGCAGUUCGCCCGAGCCGUCAUCCCCAUCGAGAUAUCCGAGAGCGCAUCUGUGGGCGCGCGCAUUCCCCUGGACAGCGCCACGGACCCGGACGUCGGAGAGAACUCGCUCUACACGUACGCACUCGAGUCGAACAGCUUCUUUAAAAUCGACGUGCAGUCGCGAACCGACGGCGUCAAGUACGCGGAGCUGGUUGUGCUCCGGGAGUUGGAUCGAGAAGUGCGCUCCAGUUACGAACUUCAGUACACCGCGUCUGAUUUGGGCGUUCCCCCGAGGACAGGCACCACGCUCCUGAAAAUAAGUGUGGCCGACUCCAACGACAACAGCCCUGUUUUUGACAAGUCCUCUUAUGUCAUUAAUCUGCCAGAAAACGCGCCCGUGGGGACCCUGAUCAUUGACCUGAACGCCACUGACGCAGACGACGGCACAAACGCCAAAAUCGUCUAUUCAUUUAGCAGCCACGUGUCUCCCAAGAUCAUGGAGACGUUUCGCAUUAACCCGGACAGUGGUCACCUGACCCUGAUCAAGCGAGUGGACUAUGAGGCUGUCACCUCCUAUGACAUAGACGUCCAAGCCCAGGACAUGGGUCCGAACUCCAUGCCAGCUCACUGCAAGAUCCUGGUGAAAGUGAUCGACGUGAACGACAACAAGCCAGAGAUAAGCAUCAAUCUCAUGGCCCUGCAGGGCAACGACGAUGCCGCUUACAUAUCAGAGGCGUCUCCGCUGGACACUUUUGUAGCACUGGUCCGAGUGGAGGACCUGGACUCCGGUCCGAACGGCGAGGUAGAGUGCAAACUCCACGGUCAGGGUUUGUUCAAACUCCAGAAAACCUACGAGAAUAACUAUCUGAUUUUGACCAACGUGACUUUGGAUCGGGAGAAGAGGUCAGAGUUCAGCCUCACAGUGGUCGCCGAGGACAAAGGGACUCCCAGUUUGUCGACAGUCAAGCAUUUCACCGUGCACGUGACUGAUGAAAAUGACAACCCUCCACAUUUCGAGAAAGCGCAGUAUGAGAUUUUUAAAUCGGAGAACAAUGCCCCUGGGGCAUACUUGACAUCCAUCAUGGCUACUGACCAGGACCUGGAUGCAAAUGGACAGGUGAGCUACUCAAUCUUGGAAAACUCCAUUCAUGGGAACUCUAUUUCAACCUACAUCACUAUUGACCCAUCAAACGGCGCCAUCUAUGCACUGCGGACAUUCGACAGAGAGGAUGUCAGUCAGAUCACUUUUGUGGUCCAAGCCAAAGAUGCCGGAAAGCCUCCGCUGUUGAGCAACGCGACGAUUGUUCUGAACAUCCUGGACGAGAACGACAACCCUCCCAUCAUUGUGGUCCCUCAGCUGUGGAACUUCACCGCCGACGUACCGACUUCCAAGUUCACGGAAGCUGGGCACUUGGUGACUGUGGUGCGGGCGACCGACCGGGACACAGGGGUCAACUCUGAGCUAAUCUGCUCCAUCGUGAGUGGCAACGAUGAGGGCUUCUUCGUCAUUGACCCAAGAACGUGUGAAAUUCAUGCCAAUGCAAGUUUGCAGAACUUCCCACGUGACCAUGCUGAGUUGCUGGUUGUGGUGAGGGACCAAGGCAGCGAGAGCCUGAGUGCCAAAGCAGCUCUGAAAAUCACCCUAUACGAGAACAUGGAGAGCCACGUGUCUGUGAUGAACCAGGGGGAGUUUCCUCUGGAUAUUUCCUCCAUCAUCAUCGUCACCCUGGCGGCCAUUUGUGCGGUGCUCCUGGUGGUCAUGGUUCUGUUCGCAUUACAUUGCAACAGAGAGAAAAAGGAAACUAGAAACUACAACUGCAGGGUCGCGGAAACGACCCACCAGCACCACCCCAAGAAGCCAUCGCGGCAAAUCCACAAAGGCGACAUCACCCUCGUCCCCACAGUUAACGGCACCCUGCCGAUCAGAGCCCACCACCGCUCGCCAUCCUCCACGCCACCCAUGGACCGGGCUCAGCUGGGGAGCAGGCCGAAUCACAACAGCCGGCAGUCGCUGAACAGCCUGGUGACCAUCUCAUCCAAUCACAUUCCAGAGAGCUUCGCCCUGGAGUUGGCGCACGCGACUCCACCGGUGGAGCAAGUCUCACAGCUUCUGUCCAUGCUCCAUCAGGGCCAGUACCAGCCCAGACCCAGUUUCCGUGGCAACAAAUACUCUCGAAGCUACAGGUACGCAUUACAAGACAUGGACAAGUUCAGCCUCAAGGACAGUGGUCGUGGGGACAGCGAGGCGGGGGACAGUGACUGCGAUAUGGGGAGGGAAUCCCCAGUGGACAGGCUCCUGCUAGGGGAAGGUUUUUCUGACCUGAUUCACCUCGAAAUGCACCAUCGACUUCACCCAGCUAUGAGACUGUGCACAGAUGAAUGUCGUAUCCUCGGACACUCCGACCAGUGUUGGAUGCCUCCACUCGCUUCUCCUGCCUCGUCCUCGGACUAUCGCAACAACAUGUACAUUCCAGGAGAGGAAUCUUCCCAGCAGCCGCCGAUAGAAGACGACCAGUCUUCAGUGGACUCUGACCGGCAGAAGAGCUUCUCCACUUUUGGCAAAGAGUCCGCCGGCGAGGAGGGAGGAAGUGCUUUGGUCGGGGCAGGCGGGGAUGCAGUUGGAGGAGGGGCUGGCUCCCUUCUCAAUGAGAUGAACAGUGUUUUCCAGAGACUUCUACCCCCGAAUAUGGACUCGUACACUGAGUGCAAUGAAACCAGUCCGCCCUCGUGCUCCACCGCUGAAAGGGGUAUUGGCCGUGCCAGUACCUCUGGUAACCAUAGUAACAGUGCCCAUCCUCAGGACAAUCGUAGAGGAUUAUUACCUGGCGGUAAAGGUCCGGUGUACCCGCCCGGUGUGGCUGCGUGGGCAGCAAACACCCACUAUCUGAACCCAGGGAGCGGCUCCGCCGGGGGCAACCACGUUCCCUCCAAUUCCACUCCGACGUCCACCACAAACGCCACCAACGGGCAGCCGCCGCACCUCAAAUGGCUGCCGGCGAUGGAAGAAAUCCCAGAAAACUUUGAGGAAGAUGACUUUGACGGGGUGUUUCAUCAGAGCGGGAAACGCAGCGACAUCCGACAUGAGACCAACUUGGACGCCAGCGAGCUGGUCCAGGAGAUUAACAUACUACUGCAGGACGUCAGGCAGAAUUAGAGCGAGAAAACACGCGGAAAAACAGCAUGAUUUUUCUGUCUAAUGGAGGACUGAUCGCAACGUUUGCUUACUGUGCCAACAUGUAAACUCAGUGACUGUUUCUUGUUUGUGCUCGUCUUGUUUUCUACCAAAUAUCUUUCUACCGCUCAGUGCUGAAAGACUGAACAGAGAAAAGCAGCACUUCAUCAUUGAGGAUGCUUAAGCUCUUGAGCGAGUGCUUAUGGAGAAGAAUGCCCGAUUGUGACGGCGCUCAGUUGUUGUGUUAAUGAGUCUUUUAAAUCUGCCUGAACAAACUGCAACCUUUCUUAAACAGACUCCACAGGGAGACGCCAGCAGCUCCGAUUGAAUUUAAACAGUGUACAGUAUUGUACAGUCUCUGUGAAAAAACAAAACUUCAAAAAAAAAAAAGAAUACUACACUUGAAUAUCGUGCAACGUCUCCUGUUUUGAUUUUUUUUUUAUGUCAACAUGGAAUGUAACUGUACAACUUGAGCUUUGUAUUUUAAAAAUACACUUUUUUCACUUCUUUAUAUUUAUAUGUGAACAUGUAUGUUUGUACAGAAAAAAAAAGAAAUGUCUAUUUUUUAUAUUGUCACUGCAUGUCUUGCUUUUCGCGCGUGUGUAUAUCCCCCACCCUUUUAAUUUUUGGAUUCAAAUAUGUAUGUAUUUAAUUUUGAUCUGUCGGAAGUGAGUAACUUAAAUCAAUCACAUUCCACGUUGGAAAAAACAAACAAACAAACAACUUUUGUAUGGUGCUUAUGUGACCAGUGGGUGAGAAAUAAAGUGA